AUGUUGAUCUCAUCCUCCACUCACAAGUUUCGAGUAGCAAUCUGUGGUGCAGGCAUAGGAGGGCUUGUCCUCGCUAUCACGAUUGGGAAGUUUGCAGGGCACGAUAUCCACAUAGACUUAUACGAAGCGCAUGAUGCUAUCACGACCUCUGGGGCUGGGAUUUCAGUCCCACGACGCACGGCGGAGGUCAUGGUGGAACUCGGAUUGUCUGAAAAAAUCCCCAACCCUUCCCCUGAUUAUGGUCUGAGAUUAAGGAAGUCUAAUGCCCUAAAGGGUGGUUUCGAGUGGUUUCAUUUUAUCUUCAAAACGCUUAAACGGGGAUCCACUAUGCAUCGGAAAGAUCUCGUCGACAUUCUCGAGCAAAAUAUCCCGUCGUCAUGCACUGUGCACUUCAAUAAACGACUUACUAAAUAUGAAAAGCACUCACCAGGGUCACUCGUCCUCUACUUCGCUGAUGACAGCACCUCGACCGCCGACGUGUUAGUAGGGGCAGACGGCAUCCACUCCUCAGUGAGGAAGACAUUUUUCGAAACAAUAGGCCCAGACACCGUAGACCCAAGCAAGAUAAGACACUACGGUGAUCCAUCUUGGACCGGAACACUUGUCUAUCGUAGCGUCUUUCCAGCAGAGAAGCUCUCGAAAUUGGAUCCAAGUAACGUAGCUUUGAAGGAUUUCAUUAUAUUCUGCGGGAAGGGAAAGGAACGCAGAUCAAUGUCGCAGCAUAUGCUUCUGAUGAACGGAAAGCUGGCACAACCUUUUGAGGGCCAUUGGGUUUCAGAUGUGUCGCUAGAAGAGGCUGAGGAAGCAUAUCAGGACUUCGAGCCUGAUGCUAAGCGCCUUCUGAACUGUUUCGAAAAACCCUCAAGAUGGGCGCUUCACGUGGUAAAUGAAUUGCCGUUAUUCACUUGCGACAGAGUUGCGCUGAUAGGUGAUGCGGCCCAUGCCAUGACGCCCUACUGUGGCGCUGGAGCUGGUCAAGCAAUCGAGGAUGCUUUUGUGCUUGGUCGCCUUCUUGCACACCCACUCACAACAUUGGAUAACGUGCCCGUCGCGCUGAAAGCAUACCAGGACGUCCGCCUCCCGUUCACUCAAUUCGUAGCACGUGGAUCGGGACUUACAGGAAAGAUGUACGAUUUUCGUCGCACCUGGGUAUUAUGA